CUUUCGUGCAGAGGAGAAUACAGUACUGGUAAACAAACUUUGCCAGUACUACCAAUGUAUAUUUGGGGGAGCAGCCAAAAAGAGUUCCAGAGCACAGAAGGAAAAUCGGUGGAGGAAGAUUGUGGCAGCGGUGAAUGCUGUUGGAGGGAACAACCGCACCGAGGACGUGGUGAAGAAACG